AUACCAGCUUUUAUAGGCAUAUUGACAACCCUACCUCUCGGUACACGAAUGCUCCAUCCAGUUUACUAUUACUAAUGCUAUUUCAGCAGGGCAUCUGCUCACAGAUCCUAAUUGUAGCUCAUCCUCAAUAUACAUACACAAAACUGUCCUGGACAUCUCAGCCUGCAAUGUUAAGUCGAGUCGCAAGUCUUCUUUAAUUUGAUCAAAGUCGAGUCGCAAGUCUUCUUUAAUGAUGUCAAAGCCGAGGUGCAAGUCUUUAAUUAUGUCAAAGCCGAGGUGCAAGUCAGCAAAUGUGUGACUCCAGUCCAAGUCAUGUGACUCGGGUCCACAACACUGCAUGAGCACGCGUGCCUUUGUAUAAGCAGUCUGUAAUUACCGCCAUAAAGAGAUCUUACUACAUCCAGUCCGUGCACGCGUCUAAUUAUUAUGCACGUGCAGUCCGUUAAACGUGUUACUUAUUCGUACUGCUCUCUGCAUAAACGAUACCGCUGACCUGUCGCGAGCUUGUUUCCAGUGCGCGUUCCCGAGCAGGUGGCUAGACGCAGGAGCGCGCACCUUAAACCCUUCCCAUCGCAUCUCCCUCCUUUCUGUGCUGCUAGAAGAGACAUCAACCACUUCAGGAGACUAUCGAACUUCAGGGUGGUGACUUUGCAACCCUGCCCUGGAUUGUUUUCCUAUUACAGCACACCCCCCCGGUUGUGUUUUUUCAUAGCUUCUCCACGCAAGCUACAAGUGAAAUCACACAAUGUGAAGUGAAACCCUUUCUACAGAACACUUCUGCUGCUUAUACGCUCGCGCGCGUUCCCGAGACACACGAGCGCGCACAUUCAGCCCUCCCCGUGCCGUCUAUCUAAAGACUGAACAGACCGAGACAUGAGGAGAGACGCGGUCCGUGACAGCACUGCUGACACACAGACACCACCACCGCUUUGUGAAUGAUGUAAAGAAAAAGAAAAAAGAAAAGAAAUGAUGGAAUUAUAAACAUGUAGGCUUUAUACACCUCGGCGUGAGAAUCUCUCUCUGUGUGCGCGCGCGCGCGCUCGCUCGCUCGCUCGCGUGCGUUUACUGGCGCUCAAACAGGAGACGUAAAACGUUUAUAGCCAUGGAAUACCCACCAAUGAUUCUGGGAGAAUGUCUUUAAUCCUUGCUUUCUGAAUACGUCCUGGAAAUGUUUCCGAAAUCACGGAGCUGUUCCGUGUUGAGGAAUAAACAGUAAGCAGCCCUGCUUUUGUUCCCAGCCGGCUGAAUAUAAACACACCACGGCGGAAGAUGCUUCGUACCGGCUUUACCUGAAGCUGAGCAACAUUAUUUUGUUGGGAUGGAUAGAAGACGUGCACUGACUGAAAACUGACACACACUAGCAAGGGUGCUCUGAGUGUGUGAACCAGACCAAACCCAAAAAAAGAAACAGGAGGGAAGGAGUUUUUCUUAUUUAUUUAGUUUUUACUGUCAUGGCGACCGACCCAGGAGAGCCCACCGGCACGGAGGAGUCAUCCGGAGAGAAACCUGAUGGAGAGAGGGAGGAAGAGAACGAGAGGACGGGGAACCAGUCAGCCAGCCGAAGGGAGAGCCGGACACCAGAGAGAGGGGCUGGACAAGAGGAAGCCUCGGGAGCAAGGGCAGAAGGAGAAAUCGGUGAGGCACAAGAGCAAAGUUCUCAUCCGAAGCGUGAGAACAAACGCUUCUUUCGGAAGAGCGUGGAACUCUGUGAGAAGGAUGAGCUUGUCGAGGAGGACGAGGGCCUUCAUAGCGUCCCUCAUUCUGAGCUCCAUGCCUCGGACUCUGUUUUCAGUGAUGGAACUCUGCAUGUACCCACUGAUGGCACCCACGGUGGCGGCCUAGACCUGGAAAAGGGUGCCCCGUCAGUGGCCAGGCUAAAGGGAAAGGAGCGUGAGUCUGAGCAGGAGGAGGAGGCUGAGAUGAAAGCUGUGGCCACAUCACCCGGUGGCCGCUUCCUUAAAUUCGACAUUGAGCUUGGCCGAGGAGCUUUUAAGACUGUUUAUAAAGGCCUGGACACGGAGACGUGGGUGGAAGUGGCCUGGUGUGAACUACAGGAUGGCAAGCUGACCAAGGCAGAGCAGCAGCGUUUCAAAGAGGAAGCCGAGAUGCUAAAGGGCCUGCAGCACCCCAACAUCGUGCGCUUCUACGACUUCUGGGAGUCGACUGUCCGGGGGAAGAAGUGCAUCGUCCUCGUCACAGAGCUCAUGACCUCGGGGACACUCAAAACAUACCUUAAGCGCUUUAAGGUUAUGAAGCCGAAGGUGUUGCGCAGCUGGUGCAGGCAAAUCCUGAAGGGUCUGCAUUUCCUUCACACGCGUACGCCGCCCAUUGUGCACCGUGACUUAAAGUGCGACAACAUCUUUAUCACAGGCCCCACAGGCUCGGUGAAGAUCGGAGACCUCGGCCUGGCCACGCUAAUGAGGACGUCCUUCGCCAAGAGUGUGAUCGGUACCCCAGAGUUCAUGGCUCCAGAGAUGUACGAGGAACACUAUGACGAAUCCGUGGAUGUCUACGCCUUUGGCAUGUGCAUGCUCGAGAUGGCUACGUCCGAGUACCCUUAUUCUGAGUGUCAGAAUGCUGCCCAGAUCUACCGCAAGGUCACCAGUGGGAUCAAGCCCGCCAGUUUUGAUAAGGUGAACGAUCCAGAAAUUAAGGAGAUCAUUGAGGGCUGCAUUCGGCAGAACCGAGGAGAACGGCUUUCCAUUAAGGACCUGCUGAACCAUACCUUCUUUGGCGAGGACACAGGCGUGCGAGUGGAGUUGGCGGAAGAGGACGUGGGCAAUCAGGACUGUCUGGCACUACGUAUUUGGGUGGAGGAGCCUAAAAAACUGAAGGGCAAGCACAAGGACAAUGAGGCCAUUGAGUUCAGCUACAACCUGGAGAAUGACAGCGCAGAGGAAGUGGCGUUGGAGAUGGUCAAGUCUGGGUUUUUCCACGAGAGUGACGCGAAGGUUGUGGGAAAGUCUAUUCGAGACAGGAUAACUCAGAUUAAGAAGUUCCGCGCAACACGACAACAGCGAGCCCUAGACGGGAGGCGAGACUCUAGCUUGGCUUCUGCUACCCCCUUCACCAGUUUUACUUCUUUCCCCUCUUCCCUGGGUCCUGGGGCUCCUGCUAUUCCUACUGCUGCCUCUGUUGGGGUUACUGGGGGGCACAGGGAGGGAGAGGACCUGCAAGAGGUGGAGCAACACACUCGACAACAGAUCCCCAUCAGCAGUGCACAAGGCCACAUCGAAACAGAGAACCUCUCUGCAAUCAGUGGAGAAUCAUUUGCAGGUGCACAAAGCCUUCCCUAUUCAUCAGCAGGAGACUCUGGAAUCUCUUUUGCCAACACUCAGACCAGCUUUCCCACUGGGACAUCUUCACUGGCCCCAUAUCCCACAGACGUAACACAAACAGCACUCCCCCAGCCAGGAGAGGCAGUUUCUUCUCAUGCUUCUCUUAUACAGACACAGUCAUACUUGACCCCCGUUUCACCCCAGGCCUCCAUUAGUAUUAUUUCUGCAGAGUCCGUAGUACCAUCUUUGAGCAAUCUGAUGCCACAAACUAAACAGAGCCAGCAUAAUGUUGCACCUCUGCCACAGACUGAAAUUUUGCCUCAACAACCUGCAGUUCAGCCACAACAACAGGUAGUGUUAGAUCUGCAGACUACAUUGCUACAACAACCACCACCGUCACAACAACAACAGGCAGUUCCAUUACAACAGAUGGAGCAAAUUCUAAAGCAGGGUAUUUUAAUGCAACAGCCUCCUACUUCAGCUGGUAUACCACCCCCGCAGAUAGAGAACCCACAGUUAGUUUUGCAGGAGCAGCAGCUGCAUUCAAGUGUAGCACAGCAACAAUAUAUACCACACCAACAGACUUUGGUGCACCCUCAGCAGGUAGACCCACAGCAACAUAUAUAUGCACAGCAACCUGUAGGAGUACCUAAAGCACAGCAAUCUGUAAUUCAACAGCAGGUCCAACAGACAGUAUCUAUCCAGCAACUAUCAAUGGAACAACAGCAGCAAGAACCACCAUCGUUACUGCAGCAACACCAUCAACAGUUAUAUGUGCCAAGUCAGGCAGAACCUCAAAAGUCAGCCAUGAUGCAAUCAACUCCUCAGCAGUUACCACUUGCAGAGCAACAACAAGCAGUUCAUGGUAUGCAGCAAUUGGAACAGCAGAAACAGCACAAAAUUUAUUCAGAGCAACAACAACAGAUAGAGCAACAAGAAAUACAAAUUCAAAUACAACAGCAAAAUCCUGCAGUGACGCAGCAGAUGGAGCAACAGAAUCCACAGUUGCUGCAGCAAGUACAACAACAGCAGGCUAUUUUACAACAGGCAGGUGAGCAGCAGCAGCGACAGGCACUAUUGCAGCAGCCCUUGGAGCAACAAGAAGGUCUGUUGCUACAACAAAUUCUUUUACACCAACAACAGUUUGACCGGCAGUCCUUAUUACAGCAAACUCAACCACAGAUAGAACAACAGAACAUGCUAAGACCACAACAGACAGAGCAACAGCCACAACAGAUCGAGCAAGAAGCUUUCUUGCAAAAGCAUGCUAUUUUACACCAACAGCAGCAACAAGUGCAACUCCUACAACAGCAACAGCAGUUAGAGCAAAAACAAGUUCUUUUGCAAAAGCAGCACCAAAUGGAUCAUCAACAAGGUUUAUUAUGGCAGCAGCAGUCUUUACAACAGCAGCAGGCUGUACUGCAGCACAUUUCACAGUCUCAGCUUGCACAAUCACAAAUACAGCAACAGUCAGAGCAACAAGCUUUUCAGCCACAGAUUGACCAACAGCAGCAAAUGUUAGUACAACAGCAGAGAGAACUACAAAUGCAACAUCAGGCUCUUGUACAACACCAACAACCAAAUACGGAGUCACAGCAGGCACUACCCAAGCGACACCAGGAAAAGGAGCAGCUUCAACAGCAAGCUUUAUUUUUACAAGAGCAACAUUUGGACCAACAAGCUGUUACUCUUGAGUCUGUUCAACAGCAGCAGGAUCAGCAGCAGUGUCAACAGCAAGCUGUAUUUUUGCAACAGCAAAAACAGUUGAACCAACAAGUACCCCUUGGGCAACAUCACAGUGGCCAACAGCAAACUGUUUCUUUUGAGUCUAUUCAGAAGCAGCAGGGUCUGCUGAGUCAGCAACAGGAUCAGCAACAUCAACAGCAAGCUUUGUUCUUACAACAGUCAAACCAACAAGUAGCUCUUGGGCAAAAUCACAGCGGACAACAGCAAGCUGUUAAUCUUGAGAUUGUUCAGCAGCAAGCCCUACUCAAGCAACAACAACUUUUACAGCAACAGUCAAACCAACAUGUAGCCCCUGUGCAGCAUUACAGUGGACAACAGCAGGCUGUUACGCUUGAGAUUGUGCAACAGCAGAAUCUACUCAAGCAACAGCAGGAUCAACAGCAUCUUCAACAGCAAGCUUUGUUUUUACAACAGAAACAACAGUUAGACCAACAAGUAGCCCCUGGGCAGCAGCACAGUAGGCAACAGCAAGCCGUAGGUCUUGAAACUGUUCCACAGCAGCAGGUUGUACUUCAGUAUGAGCAGCAGCAAGCCUUGUUACUACAGCAGCCCCUUCAGUCGCACAAAAGUAUUACUCAACACAAAGUAGAACAACACCAACAAGAAUUUGUUCAGCAACAAACUUUUAUCGCUGGGCAGCAAGAUGGAAAUUCUGCUGUGGAAUCACAGGUAACGAUUGUUGCUCAGUCAGCAUCACAAAUGGUUACCUCCCAAAUUUCUAGUCAGUUACAAACACCUGUACACAUGGACCAACAUGCAUCGUCUCUGUCAGCACCUCAAACUCAAGGGCCAAUACAACAGAAACAAAGUGAUAUUACACAAAUCCAUGGUCAAAUAGCUUUACAGACCCAAGGUCUCUCAGCAACACAAUCACAAAUUCCAUCCCUAGCACAGCCUAGCUCCAUCCAGUUGAAGAGUCCGCAAGCAUUUCCAGCUCCAAUGCAGAGGCAGGAUUCAGCACAACCAUUAGUACAGGCCCAGACAUAUGUCCCAAAUGAGGCACAGGCUCAAAUGAUUAUACAGGGACAGAAUCUUCAAGCUCAAGUCAUGCCACAUCAAACCAGAACUCCUGUCCAUUGUCAAGUUCCUGCAGUACCAGCGUCAACGCAAUUAUCAAGCCAAAUUCAGUCUCAAGUUCAGGCCCCUUCUGCCUUGCACACAAUGCAGUAUUUUCAAGCCUCACAACUCAGUCAACACACCAUUCAGCCAAUGCAGGUUGACUUUACACAGGGUACACAACAGCAGUAUCGACAAAUGGUGAUGUCUCCAGUAACAGUGGCAAGUACCACUGCUGUGUCCUCAGGUACUGUAGUUCCUGCUACAGUACCUACCACACAGCAAUACUUGCAGCAGACAGGCCAGGCUCAAAAUCAAAUCCAAGCACAGACACAGCCUACUCUGCCGGGACAGCAACAGCCAGGUGGCAUCACCAUUCAGACUGCCAUGCAGCCCAUGCCCCUUGUGCAACCUCAAAUUGCUCCACAGUAUGAACAGCAAACACUGCAAUUCCAACAGGUACAGCAGCAGCCAGUACAGCUGCAGGAUCAGGCUCAGAUUUUGUCAUCUGUUCAGCAGCCUCCACCAUCCCAGCAAACUGCUGUCGCACUAGAUCUCAAUCAGUGGUCAUCUCCUCUCCCCUCUGCUUUGCACCCUGGGGUUCCAUCACAUGACUUACCAAGGCAACCCUGUCCGACACAAAUUCAGACUGCUGCGCAUUGCAGUCAUGUUGUAGUAGGCCUACCACCUUCCCCACAACACCAGCCUCAAUCAAUCUUGCUUGCACAUACUCACAGCCAGACACAAGCUCACUCACACACCGAUAUAUACACUGAGACUGCAGGCACAUCUGUGCAGCCACUAUACCCCCAAGUUCCCCUGCAGCCCCUCCAGAUACCCUCCAGUCCAUCUCAUACCUCCCUCAUCACUACCAACUUAUCAGGCUCCCAGCUUGCCCCCACUGCUUCAGAAGUCCCAGUACCAGCUGAGGCACAGCUAAGCCAGGCUGUGCUAACCGAUAUAGUUCUGACUUCCCUUCCUCCUAUCAGUGCUUCACAGCUCCCUGGUUCUAAUGGCACUGCCCUUCCCCCAAACUUGCUGGCAGACUGUGACCCUGCAUUGCCGGGCAUUGCACAGGGGAGCCCAAACCAAUCUGCCAACCGACAUUCGUUAGUAGGCUCUGCUCUAGUCAGUAGAGAGGAAUCCCCGUUACCCUUGGUUAAUGAAAAGCUGGAGAAAAUAAAGACUCAGCGGAGAUCUUCCUACCAACGGCCUGAGAGAACCGCUCACUUCCAGCUAAGCAUGCUACAGGUGUCAAACACUGGAGACAACAUGGUGGAGUGCCAGCUCGAAACUCACAGUAACAAGAUGGUCACGUUCAAGUUUGAUAUUGAGGAAGAUGCACCUGAAGAUAUAGCCGAUUACAUGGUGGAAGAGGAUUUUGUCCUUGAAUCAGAGAAAGAAAAAUUUGUAGAGGAUUUGAGGGCUAUAGUGAAGAAAGCCCAGGAGAUCCUUAGCACUCAGUCAAAGACUGGAUCCAUGGAGCAGCUACAUGUAACCACACCAUCAAGUUCAACAGACUCUGCGCCUCAGUCUUCUCCAGUGGGUCGCUGGCGAUUUUUUAUCAACCAGACCAUUCGUCAUCGUGACUCUCAGUCCAACCGUGAAGCCUCCACGCCUUCACCAGCAGGGGAGAGCCAGGGCCAGAUUGAGCGAGCUUCAGACCAUGAGGAUUCACAGCAGUCAGACUCUCUGUCCGGACUACAUUUUUCUCCAUGUUCCUCACUUUCAGUGUCCUCUGUUCCUCCCUCCACUGUGUCUGUCAAAGACUCAAGCCCUGCUGUCCCUAUUCCUGGUACCACCGCCUUGGACUCCACGAGCUCUCUUCCACCAGUACUUCACAUGUCCACAGGAGAUGCAGUCAUUCAAGACGAAGCAGCUAUUGCGCUGCCAGGUUCGGGGAAAGGGUUUGCAACUACUAUUCAAGCCACAGUCCCCAACCAAACCUCUUCUAUUCAUGUUACAGCCUUUCCUGUGGCUGAUCAUGUCCAUACCUUGGCAUCUAGCAAGGAUAUGAGCAUGGGUUCCAAUUUUGGCCUUGGGUCCGAAGAUGCUUCUACUUCUACUAUAGUGCACAGCAUGCCUGAAGAUCAAAUGUCACACUCUGGUAGUUUGGCUCAGAGCACCCUGUCAUCUUGCAUGUUAAAUCAUGGGGAACAAGUGCAGCAACUGCAGCAGUUACCCCAAGUGCCAUCAAUGCAGAAACCUGAGAUACUCCAGCAAGGCAAUCUGCAAUCUCAAUCUCUCACAGAAGCCUAUUCAGUACAGACUAAGCCAAUGGCGACAGUGUCCCAGUACAUAGCCCAUGACAAACUUUCUUCAGCUGCAGAGCAAGAUGCACAGCCCUGUCAAGCUGAGCAUCCAGCAUCCCAUUUCCAUCCAAUGCAACAGUCGAUUCUACAGCAAAUCCCAUACCAACAGGGACAGUCGGAAAUUCCACUGGAAUCACUAGGCCAGCAGAGUGUCCAUUUACAGUCACAUGCCAGUCUGGAUCAGAUGCAGCUGCAUGGUGUAGUGCAGAAGCAGGCAGUUCCGCCGCCGCAGUAUGAACAACAAGACACCGUGCUGAACCCUAAAGCGCUGGCCAUACAAUCUCAGCAAAAAUUAGAAACACACGAACCCUUACUGGCUCAGUCUUCAAUCUCAAAUCAGGUUCCUCCUGAGGAAACGCAACCCAAGCUAGAGCAGGUGCUUCAGCCUACAUCCCUGCUUGUGCAGAAGCAGCUCUCUAUCCAGCAGUUGGAAUCAGAGUUCUCUACAGGACAGGUCACUGCCACAGAUGACACUUUCAGCCAGUCUGCUCCUUUGCACGCAUUGUCUGAUGCCUCUCUCCCUCCUCUCUCACUCUCAGAGACAGCUCUGCCAGCUCUGGCUCACGUGCUCUCCCCUUCUCCCGCCCAGCCUUCUUCAGUAGCUGAGUCAGACAGUGAGGGCCCCCCAAAAAUUGAGUUUGUUGACAACCGUAUAAAAACACUCGAUGAAAAGCUAAGGAAUCUGCUUUAUCAGGAGCACAGUGGCAGCGGGGCAGCCAUCUCCACCCACACUCCUGACCUGACCUCCUCCUCCGCUACAGCUGCCACAUCAGCCAGGGGAGAGGAGUCAUCCGAGUCUCACACAUUGCCACUCUCCACCUUCCCACUUCCUCCGGCCUGCUCUUCAGACACUUCUCCACAUUCCUCCUCCUGCACCACUUCCUCCACCACCUCUCGUUCUUCCUCCACCUCAUCAGACAGAGAAAGGGAGAGAACAGGAGAAGAUUGCGUCACCCAGAGAGCUCCAACCCCCUCCACUGCUGUAGAGCACCAACCUGCCUCAUCCUUCUCCUCCACUUCCCUACCCUGCUCCCUCCUUUCCCCUCCACAGGAGACUGUGCCUGGGCCUAUAUCUCCACCCAGUGAAUCUACAGUCCUUGCUGUCCCCUCCCCCUCUGACAGUGCCGCCGUAGAUGUCCUCCAGCCUUCCUUGUCCCAGCAGUCCCUUUCACCAGCAGCCGGACAGCAGCAGCAGCAGCAAAAUGCAGGAGGUGGAUAUUUUGGCCUAAACCUGACUUGUCCUAGUAUCAGAAAUCCUGUUAGCAAGAAAUCCUGGACUCGCAAAUUCAAAAGCUGGGCGUGCAAACUGCGCCACUCCACCAGCUUGUUCAAGAAGCCCAGAGUCCAGAAAGAUGAGAAUUCUAGCAGUCAGGGAGUGAAUGAAGACGGAGAGACUCCCACAAAUUCCCAGCCAUGUUUGCACAGAGGACGUUUCCAGGUGACCCCAGUCACCCAGCCCGAGGACCCAACGCCCACAGCAGAGGUAGCGCCGAACCAUAGAAAUGUUCCCAAGACUGUGGGCCGCUUUUCCAUCAUGAAGGCAGAGGAGAAAGAGGAGCAGCUCACCGACAGCUCGCCUGUCUCUCCAGACCUGGAGAAAGAUCGGAGGAAGGCGAAAGCGAAGGAGGGAGAAAAGGAAGAAAGAGCAAUCCCAGUGGGCUACCACCAUCCACCACGUAGCCACACACACUCUCCAACAGGAAGCAGUGAUGAUGAGAGUGAGGUGGAGGACGAGGACCUGAGGAGGGAACUGCAGAAACUAAGAGAAAAACAUAUCAAGGAGGUGGUGUCACUACAGGCACAGCAGAAGCAAGAACUACAGGAGCUCUACAGGCAACUGCGCAGUCUGAAAGAUUGCUUUCAGCCCCCUUCGACCCCUGCAACAUCACUGGCCAUUUCUCCCCGCAGACCCCGUCCCUCCAAACCCAAACCCCGGCCUCGUCCUCAUUCCCACACUGACAACAACGGAGUGACACACCAAGGUUCUCUCCAGCAAUCCAGCAGUUACUCCAGUGAAGAGCCAAACAGACUACAGUCUUACUGCAAACCUGAAAAAACAGCUUCACUGACUUCUAAGACAGCCCAAGGUGUAUCCAAUAAAGACACCACCUUCACAGACAAACUCCACAAACUUGUAGAUGAUUGGACAAAGGAGGCCAUUGAACCUGCCAUCUCCAAGCCUUCGCUCAAUCAGCUCAAGCAGAUUCAGCAAGCGCAGGAUUUAGGUGGCUGGAACCAGCUCACUGAGGCUUCACCUGCAGCGUGGUUCCCUACGACUUCCCUAAACCCCAGGACUGCUCACGUAUCAGCCAGCAACAGCAACACAGGAGGCCACGCCCCUCCAGCCUGCACUCAGCCCUCCAUCCCUCCUGUAUCACAGCAGAGCCUCCAGUCCUUUCAGCCGCUUCAGUAUGGCCAGCCCAGCAUACCAGUCUCUAGUGUACCCACCUCUCUGACCGCCCACUCUACUACUUCUACAUCCAUGCCAGCCCCACCAACCACAACCGCCUCCACCUCCACAACCUCAGUCUACCCUUGCUCCUCCUCCUCCACAAAUGCGUGAUACUUCUUCUCCAUUAGGACAGCAGUACGAAAGGAUGAGCCAGGAGAGGAAAUAUUCCCACUUUGAGAAUGUGAAAGCCAAACAUGAAUUCUUCUGGGUGUGCACAUAUAUUUAAAAAAAUAAUAAUAAUAAAUUAAGGAACUUUUGGACAUUAGGUUAUCUUCUUUUUUUCUUUUUCUUUUUUUUUUUUAACUUAACAACAAUUCUAGUAAAAGGACUAUUUGAAAAAUUUUUUUUUUUUUUUUUUUUUUAAAGUGCAAUUAGUAACCAAGAUUUGAAUUCAUCCUUCUGCAUCAUCGUAACGUGUGUCUGUAUAGCCUAACGAGAUAUUUUUUGAGACGGAUACUAAUCAGAAAGUUGCCAUUUUAAGAGAGUAGAGCACAAGACGUCUUAAUAAGCAGUGAGAGCAAUCGCAUGUUUCACAACAGAGCAUGAAGACAUUUACCUCGGAGCCAUGGCUUCAGCCAUGUGACCAACUUGAACACUGUUUUACGAUCUAAUGCACGGCAUGUUCUUCAUGUUUCCUCUAUUUUGCACCGAUUGAUAUUUGUAUUAAUAACAUUUCGGUUAGUUAAGGGAUUUCGGUAAUAACAUGAACAAUCAGAUUGAAUAGUCAAAAUUGAUUUCAAUCAAGUGUUCCGCAAUGGAUGCUGGAGAAGCUCUCCAGAUUGUCCAUUUCAGUAGAAAUUUAAAGCAGCUGUGAUUGCAGUAUUUCCUAUCUCUCAUCAACAGACUCUUCUCUUCAGGUCGUUUUAGUAAGGAUGGUUUCAGGAUGCUGCAACUGAAGCGAGUUCUGUCCAGUCUUGUGCUAGUGUGUUUUGCACAGUUACCGACAUCCCUCUGAGCUCAUCAGUGAGCACUGUUUAUCAGAUUUAACCACUUGAGAGAAACUAUAAACUGAUGUACAGUGUAUUCCUCAUCAAACUUAAUUUCAUUUGCUCUCACGUUAUAUUUUAACGAGUGAUGUAUGUGAAGCUACCAAGAACAGAAGAUUUGCACCUGACCGUAUGUUUCCUUUCUGAGAUUUUAAGGACAGCCUUAAACAGUAACUAAUAUAAAGUUAAAUACUUUUUGCUUUUAAACUUAGGGUGGUGCUCGAAAGUUUGUCGACCCUUUUCUAUAUUUCCGCACAAAUAUGACCUAAAACGUCAUCAGAUUUCCACACCAGUCCUAACUGUAGAUAAAGAGAACCCGAUUAAACAAAUGAGACAAAAAUAUUAUACUUGAUAUUAUUAUUUUAUUAUAAAUGAUCAAAUAUUACAUCUGUGGAGGCUUGGUGGCUUAGUGGUUAGCAACUUUGACUCGGACCUCCAGGGUGUGGGGUUUGAUUCCUGCCUCCACCCGGCAUGUGUAAAGUUUGCAUGUUCUCCCUGUGCUUCGACUUGUGUGCUUGGGGUCGUUGUCUUGCUGCAUGACCCACUUUCUCUUCAGAUUAAGUUCAUGGACUGAUGUCCUGACAUUUUCCGUUAGUAUUCGCUGGAAUACUUCAGAAUUCAUUGCUUCAUCAAUGAUGGCGAGUCGUCCUGACCCAGACGCUGUAAAACUGGCCCAAACCAUGAUACUACCACCAGCAUGGGAUUACAGAUGGGAUAAGGUUCUUAUGCUGGAAUGCUGUGUUUUUCUUUCUCAAAAUAUAGCACUUCCAAUUUAAACCCAAAGUUCCAUUUUGGUCUCAUCUCUCCACAAAACAUCUUUCCAAUAGCCUUCCGCCUUGUCCACGUGAUCUUUAGCAAACUGCAGAUGGGCAGCGAUGUUCUUUUUGGAGAGCAGUGGCUUUCUCCUUGCACCCCUGCCAUGCACACCAUUGUUGUCCAGUGUUCUCCUGAUGCUGGACUCAUGAACAUUAACAUUAGCCAAUGUGAGCGAGACCUUCAGCUACUUAGAAGUUACCCUGGUUCCUUUGUGCCCUCACAGAAUAUUACACGUCCUGCACUUGGAGUGAUCUUUGUUGGUCUCCACUCCUGAGGAAGGUAACAAUGGUCUUGCAUUUCCUCCAUUUGUACACAAUCUGUCUGACUGUGGAUUGGUGGAGUCCAAACUCUUUAGAGAUGGUUUUGUAAACUUUUCCAGCCUAUUGAGCAUCAACAGCUCUUUUUCUGAGGUCCUCAGAAAUCUCCUUUGUUCGUGCCAUGACACACUUCCACAACAAGUGUUGUGAAGAUCAGAUUUUGAUAGAUGUUCUUUAAUUAGAACAGGGCGCUCACUCACACCUGAUUAUCAUCCCAUUGGUUGAAAUCACCUGACUUUAGCUUCACCUUUAAAUUAACUGCUAAUCCUAGAGGUUCACAUACUUUUACCUCUCACAGAUGUGUAAUAUCAGAUCAUUUUCCUCAAUAAAUAAAUGACCGAGUAUAAUAUUUUUGUCUCAUUUGUUUAAUUGGGUUCUCUUUGUCUACUUUUAGGACUCGUGAUGGUAUAUUUAUGCAGAUAUAUAGAAGAUUCUAAAACUUCUCAAACAUUCAAGAACCUGUGUAGACAGAAAAAUGACCAGCACCUUGUGAGUCAGUCAUGUUGUUUAAAAAUGUUUUUCCCAUUGGAGGAUUAUUAGUUCGGCGCACAGUAAGAUUUUGGUUUAAAAUAAAAAAAUUUAUGUAUCUUUCCCCAAAUGGAAGUUGUUGUGUAAUGUUCAUAAAGACUGCAGGAUGCAACAGAAAAGAAAAGUCAUGAAAAGGACAGAAAUAUGUUUUGUAACGUUACUAACUGUUGACCUUGUGGAUGUUGAGUUACCAUAACUGUUGAACAAGAUCAUGGAGAUUUGUGACGAUAAAAUUUCCAGUAAAUCUGUGUUGGUUCUUUUGUUUUCUGUGGGUCAACCUACAUAUUUAACGGUGGUGAGUUUACGUGCUGUCAAGUCACUAGUAUUUUCGUCUCAUGCCAUUGCUGUUUCUAUCCUGAAAUGUUACCAAAAUGUAAUCUAAAAGAAAGCAUUAUUUUUGUAUUUUGAACUGGGCUUGUAAAAAAAAAAAAAAUAAUAAUAACAAAAAAAAAAAAAACGUAAACUGAUGUUCUGAUUGGUGUUGCAGAAGCUGUGGUUGUAUUAUGAUGGGUCACAUUUCGUCUCAGCUCUGUUGAUAGAGUUCCCCUGCUUCAGUUCUGAGAUUUCUACGUGUCAAAGUUCACUUCUCUGGACGUUUCAGUAAGUUUUUGUUGCAAUUCAAUCGUAUUUAUAUGGGGGGAAAUAAAUCAAUCAUUUUCAUGCUCAAGUUUACCAGAGGACCCCAGAUUAAUGUAACUGAGCACCAACAACAAAGGUUUGUGAUCUAGACUCAGAUUAAACCUUUAUUGCAGGUGAUUUAGCUACUGUAAAACGAUAACUAAUGCAGCUGUUGAUUUUCUUUGUUUUGUAACUAAUCAGAUUAAAUGAUGGUGUUAAACCCCAAAAUGUGCUUCUCUUUCUAUGUGACAAGUUCGAAUGCAGUGUUGAUACAAAGUUCUGCCAGCAGAGGUCUCCAAAUUCACAGGAAAGUGACGCAUUUAUUCACUCUGAAGCAGAAUACAAUCCAAGUCUAGAGUCGAAAAGGGUCCAGGGUUUUUCUGAAGGGGUUUUUCUGUAUAUUCAUUUGUAUGCCAAAACAUGAUUGAUUCGUGAGUAUGUAAUCACUCCGAAUUAAUACAGUUCGGACGUGGCACGAGUCAUUAAAUGUAAUUAUAGAUGCAAAAAGA